AUGUUUGACCCUAAAAUUUUAGAUAUCCCAGCUGUGAUAUUUGACAACGGAUCUGGAUUAUGCAAGGCUGGUAUUGCAGGGGACAGUGCACCAAGGUCAGUUAUUACAGCAAUUGUUGGUCGCUCGAAAGCCAAAGCAACGAUGCUAGGAGCAGGACAGAAGGAAUUUUAUGUUGGAGAAGAAGCCCAGUCCAAAAGGGGUGUCUUAAGUUUGAAUUAUCCAAUCGACCACGGCAUAGUUACGUCCUGGGAUGACAUGGAGAGGAUCUGGAGACAUGUCUACGAGUGUGAGCUGAGACUCAAAGCUAGCGACAGACCAGUGCUACUGACGGAGGCCCCACUCAAUCCCCUACAGAACCGGGAAAAAAUGACUGAGAUCAUGUUUGAAGGCUUUAAGGUGCCUGCCAUGUAUGUUGCAGUGCAGGCAACGCUGGCACUCUAUGCCUCAGCACGCACCACGGGGAUAGUAAUGGACAGUGGAGAUGGAGUUACCCACACAGUACCCAUUUAUGAAGGAUACUGUUUACCCCAUGCAGUUUCCAGGCUGGAUAUCGCAGGCAGGGAUAUCACUGAAUACUUCAUGAGACUCCUUUUGGAAAGCGGCCACUCCUUCGUGAGCACAGCUGAGAGGGAGAUCGUUAAAGACAUCAAGGAGAAGCUGUGCUACGUGGCUUUAGAUCCCAUCAAAGAAAUGAAAGCAAAGCCAGAAGAAAUCCUCAAAGAAUACAAACUGCCAGAUGGAAAUAUCAUUAAGAUAGGCAAUCAGCUCUUUCGAGCCCCGGAGACCCUUUUUAUGCCCGCUAACAUUGGUAUCGAAGCCCCUGGGGUGCACAAAAUGAUCUUCAACAGUGUGAUGAAAUGUGACAUUGAUGUUCGCAGGGAUCUUUAUGGCAACGUGCUUCUUUCCGGUGGGUCCACCCUAUUUCCUGGACUGGAUGAACGGAUCCUGAGGGAGAUGCAGCGGCAGGUGCCCAUCGGGAUGGUCGUACGGAUCAUAGCACCGCCGGAGAGGAAGUACUGUGUGUGGAUCGGGGCCUCGAUCCUCACUUGCUUGUCAUCUUUUAAAGAAAUGUGGGUCACCGUCAGUGAUUAUAAAGAGUUUGGUGCCGCUGUAGUACACAGAAAAUUAUUGGCUGGGACUCCCUUCGGAGGCAUGGAUGCCGUUCCUUACCAGGCCAGAGGGGUCACCCUAAAGCAGUGUAGGGGGAAAGCUGAAGUGAUGUUUAAUCCCCAAACUUUAGAUAUUCCAGCUGUGAUUUUUGACAAUGGAUCAGGGCUAUGUAAAGCUGGCCUGUCAGGAGAAAUUGGUCCAAAGCACAUCAUUCCUACAGUUAUUGGCUGCCCCAAAACAAAUAUGUCAUUGUCAGGAGCAGCUCGGAAGGACUGCCAUGUGGGAGAAGAAGCCCAGCACAAACAGGAUGUGUUGUCUUUGAAGUAUCCCAUUGAACAUGGUAUAGUUACAUCUUGUGAUGAUAUGGAGAAGAUCUGGAAGCAUAUCUAUGAGCAUGAAUUGGGACUGAAAGCCUUUGAGAGGCCUGUGCUAAUGACUGAGACCUCUUUGAACCCGAUGGAGAACCGAAAAAAACUGACUCAGCUGAUGUUUGAACGAUUUAAGGUGCCUGCUUUCUACCUCUCUGUCCAAGCCAUAUUGUCCCUCUAUGCCUCAGCACGCAUCACAGGACUGGUCAUAGACAGUGGAUUUGGUGUUACCCAGACGGUACCAGUCUACGAAGGGUACCACUUACCCCAUGCUGUCUCCGGGUUGGAUGUUGCAGGCAGAGAGAUCACAGAACUCCUCGCAAAGCUCCUGGUGGAAAGUGGGCAACGCUUUGAGAGCCUGGCGAAGAAGAAGAGUAUCAUAGAGGACAUCAAGGAGAAGUUGUGCUACGUGGCUCCAGAUCCACACAAAGAAUUAGCCAAGAGGCCGGAGGAGGUCCUGAAAGAAUAUAAACUGCCUGAUGGGACUCUAGUCAGUAUUGGCAGCCCACUCUUUCAAGCACCAGAGAUUCUCUUUGCUCCAGGUAGCACUGGUGACGAUGCACCAGGCCUUCUUAGGAUGAUCUCUCACAGUGUUUCAAAGUGUGACGUCAAUAUUCAGAACACUCUCUACGGGAACAUGGUGCUGUCGGGUGGUUCAUCCCUCUUUCAUGGGCUGGAUGAGAGGAUUUUUAAGGGACUAGAACAGCAGGUCCCCAAAGGGGUUCCUAUAAAGAUCAUAGCGCCCUCAGACAGGUGGUUUUCUGCAUGGAUCGGGGCUUCUGUAAUUACUUCCUUGACCAGCUUCAAGCAAAUGUGGAUCACUGCAGCUGAUUACAAGGAUUUUGGACCAAACAUUGUCCAAAGAAGAUGUUUUUAA